CAGAACCAUCCAAACACAGACGACGGAACGUUCGCUCGCUGCCUGUAAGAAACCCGAAGUGUUGUCGAGUUCCCGCCCAGAAUGUGAGGGAAUGUUGAGGAAAGGAGCGUAAUUUGGAGUUUAGGAUGAGAACUCACAGGUGAAUUAUUUUCAUUAAUAAUCUGACAAGUCCAAAAACUUGGAUAUAGUUAAAAAGCCGGAUGCAAAUCGUUUGGGAAAAGUGCUUCAAGGAUAAACGAUUCGUUGAGUAGCCUACAUGUUGGAAGGUUUUCAUCUCCUAAAACUUUUAAAGGUUUAUUUAUUAACCAGUAACCCAAGAUGUAGGUGCAUCUCUCGAGAUAAAUAACUGGAAUCAUAAUGUGUGAAGUGGUGGAGUCCUUUCCAAACUUUCUCACUGGAAGGUGCUCAUAGACGCCAUCUCCUGUUCAAAAGUGGUCACGGGGACUGUGUGGAAAAUGGAUGACGAGUUUGAACCUGGAAUGAAUUUUAUUAUAGUAAACCAUUACAACCACUCGGGCAAGUGGGGAAGGCCAAAAAGCACCGGUACAUACAAGACAGCCUUCCUCAUUUGCAUCUGUGCUCUGAUCGUGUUGGAGAACAUCACUGUACUACUGGCACUAUGGCGCAACAAGCGUUUCCACAGCCGCAUGUACUUUCUCAUCGGCAAUCUGGCACUUUCGGACUUGUUAGCUGGCGUGGCAUACGUGGUUAACAUCUUCACCUCUGGCCGCAAUACUUUUUUCCUCAGUCCUGGCCAGUGGCUGCUGCGAGAGGGGAGCAUGUUUGUGGCACUUAGUGCUUCGACCUUCAGCUUGCUCGCUAUUGGGAUUGAGCGCCACAUGACAAUGGUUCGUCUACGGCCGUGUGAGACCGCAGGAAGGGGGAGGUUGCUAGUUCUCCUGGGAGCCUGCUGGGCUGUUUCGGUCCUGCUGAGCGCCUUGCCUAGUCUCGGCUGGAACUGUUUGGACCGAUAUCCCACUUGCUCCACUAUCCUACCACUGUACGACAAAAGCUACAUAGCCUUCUGCAUCAGUGUCUUCACAGCCCUUCUAGCGGCAAUCGUGGUGUUAUACGUGCGCAUCUACCUGCUAGUGACAUCCAGCGGGCGUAGAGUGAGUUCCCGGCCAUCGGACCGCUCGCUCGCACUUCUGCGCACGGUAGUGAUAGUACUGGGAGUUUUUGUGGCCUGUUGGGCUCCCCUUUUUCUGCUAUUGCUGCUGGAUGUGGGAUGCAGUCCAGAGCGGUGCCCGGUUCUCUAUAAGGUGGACUGGUUCAUCGCUCUGGCCGUGCUCAACUCCGCCCUCAACCCGCUCAUCUACACGUUUUCCAGCCGUGAGAUGCGGGCCGCCUUCAUCCGCGUGCUGUGCUGCUGUUGUUGUCCAGCACAGCUGGACUCUAUUCCCACGGUGGCAGGGGCGGCACUCCCAGGAACAGUCAUUCCCACUGCAGAGAACAGCAAAUCAAGCAUGGCUGGGGGAGCAAGUGGUGCAGCUAAGUCCUCCCUAAUGCGAGGUAAAGUUCCCAUCCCGUCAAACUCCCACCAUCAGCAUGGGGACACGUCGCCUCCGGCUGUCACGCACCCCUCCGGGCCAGGUGACCUACUGUCUGCGGUGCUGGUUAAAGCUGGGGCACUUCCUUCUUUGGGGAAGUUUUGAAAAAGAUACUAAAGGAGUCAGCACAAAAGAGCGGGAUUUUGUUAUUUCCCAAGAUGUUUGGUGACGGUUCCUUGUAAAUAUAGACUGUACUUCAGCUCUCUGAGGAUUACAAACUUGGAUUUGCUUUUAUACAAAAGGCAUCCAUUGACGAUGAGAUUUCAAAGAGCAACAAACUCAAUCAAAGUGAGAUUGAACAAACGCUGACCAAAGGAUACACAAACUGAAUUUACUUCUACAUGUAUUAAUAUUUAUGAAACUGAGCAUGUGCUGUGAGCACAUAACAUAGAGCCACUACAGAAUGUAAUCACUCGAAAAGCUUAGGUGUGCAAUCUUUUUUUAUCAAAAUAAUCCAAUUUGCAUGAAGGAAAACACCUUAACAGUAUUAUACGCAUUAUUAUAGCACUCUGUGUGUAUGACUGACCUUUAACAUUUUCCCACAGUUUAUUACUAGACAAAAACAUUUUGAAUAGUUUGCUGCAAGCUAGCUGUAAUACACUUUAACAAAUGGAGUGUUUUUAAAAAGACUGUGGAUGUUUAUGGUUAAUAUUCUGUGGAUCGCUUUACAUGGCAAAAUGUAAGAUGAGGUUGUUGCAUUGUGAAUGUGUUGAAAUUUGGAUUGUUCUGCUCAAUAGUACUUGCUAACUGACAUAAAACUGCCAUAAAAUUUAAAGUGUGACUAUAAUAUUUUAGUGUGAAGAAAAACGGGCAUCUUAUGUUGAGGUUGGCUUGCCUGUGCUGCUUUUAUUUGCAUGUAACCACUAGAGGGAACUGUGCCAUCACAUUGAAAUCUACUGCACCACUGAGCAAUAGUGAAAGCAAUGCACAAACACAUUUUGUCUAUAUGAAUGCAGUCCAAGCACUGUUAUUUAGUCACUUGGUAGAUGCAUCAUAGUAGCCUCGUAAUAAAUGGUUUUGCCUGUAAAAAAAAAAAAAAAUCAUGAUCAAUUGCGCCAAUCUUUGAGCCAUACUGCAGUAAAUACUAACCAGAGCUGUGCAUACAUGUGCUAGUUUAGAUCAUAAAGGUAUUAUCAGAUAUUAAGUUCAGUUCACAGCAUAGGUUGAAUGAAUUUCGACUUAGUUUUGAGCACAUCUGGGUUACAAUAAGGCACUUAAAAUGGGAAAAUUUAUUGGGCUAAUCCAUAAACCUUAAAAUACUAGGGAUUUCUAUAGUAUAACCACAGGACAUACUAUGCAUGUUAACGUGAAUUUAGUGUGGAAUUCUUUUUUUUUUUUUUUUACCUGGUAAUCAAUAUUAUGCCACAAAUGCUGUAGCUCUGUUACUUCUACCAAUUAGUUACUGGUUAGCCAUACAUUGCUUAUUCAUACUGCUUCUUGCAUUGUAUGAACAAAAAAACAUGAAUUUUGGACAUGUUGAGAACAAGUGGCAUUUUGUUGAAGAAUGGUUUUUAUAGCAUUUGACAAGUGUGACAUUUCAAGUAAUUUACCAUCCUAAGCUGUAGAGCUCUCUCUCUCUCUCUCUCUCUCUCUCUCUCCCCAUCACAGUGAUCUUUGCAGUCAGGUUGAGGGAAAAAAAAUAGAAUGUUAAACAAAUCAAACUCAUUUACAAGGCCUGAGCCGUUUCCUAGGUAAAAUCAUGUCUGCUGGCAUCCCGUAGCUCAAAAUUCAAAGACAUUCAGUAUCACCGAAUUCAUUUGUCAAGAGGUUUCACACCAAACGAUUGAAGUGCUAUGAAGAAUCAUCAUCAACAAACAACAAUGACGACUAAAGCGUGAUGUGUAACCUUGAGCAAAAUCACACAGCAACCCACAACGCAAUGACAACAAGCCUUAUACAAAGUCUUUGAAAUAAGCGCACGCCACAUAGAGGACAUUAAUCCUUUAAAGUGAGGUAUCACACACUUGCCACACACAAUAUGCCUCUACACCUCAUGUAAUGAAUGGCUCUUUGCUACAAUGGAUCAAAGCACGGACCACUGAGCUAUUGUGGAUGGCCACUAUUGAGAAUAUUCAUUUGUCUGUGUGCUUGUCAGAGCUGAGGGGAGUCUCUGUGGCUGAAUACAUCAGACUGGCACAUUGCUUGGCCCAGCACUCGGUGUGAACAAUGCCUCCAUCUGGACCAGCGACUCAGGAUGUGCCAAUGCGAGAGCACUCAAUUGAUUUUCUCCCAUUCGGGGACCAGGGGUCACAUUUAACAAGCUUUCAAGGGUUGACUGAGGUAGAAGGUGUUUGUGUGUACGUGUGUUGCUUGGGAAAUGUGUCAGGAGCAAGAUCUAGAAACCAUAAUGAUGUCCUUGGUGCACUUCUGGUCAAGGUUUGGUAUCAGACCUCCUCAUUAGUCAGAGGCUUACUAGCCCAAGACCUGAUUUGCUAGUGCACUGGUUUUAAAGGGAAAGUUAGCCCAAAAAUGUAAAAUUGUGUCAUUUACUCUCCCUAAUGUUUGUUCCAAACCUGUAUGGCUUCCUUUCUUCAAAAGGAGAUAUCUUGAACGGUUUUGGUCCAUACACUCAAAGUCAAUGGGGUCCAAAUCAAUCCCUUUCUUUAAUAUAGACAAAAACAUUUUUCUAAAUAUCUUUUUACAAAAAAGCAAGCAAGUCAUACAAGUUUGAAACAACACAAGGCAGUGUAAAUUGUCAUCGAGUUGGCCAAAAUUAUUGGUACCAUUUGCUAGCAUUUAUUAGUGAUCCAGCACCCUUGCCUCAAAACCAAAUACUGAUCCAAACUGGAUAUAAAAGCAGGGAUAAGAUGCUUCAGUGCCAGACUCUGACAAGCUGU